UUAUUAUGUAUACAAUAUUCUGUCUGUGUGUAUGCCUGCAGGCCAGAAGAGGGCGCCAGACCCCAUUACAGAUGGUUGUGAGCCACCAUGUGGUUGCUGGGAAUUGAACUCAGGACCUUUGGAAGAGCAGGCAGUGCUCUUAACCUCUGAGCCAUCUCUCCAGCCCUUUUCAUUACUUUUAAAAUAUGUAUUUUGCCCCUUGGUUGUGACUUAGCUGAGGAGCACAACCCGGAACAAAAAAAAAAGUUGAAGAGGCAGAACCUGAAAAACUAAGUCCUGGACCCACGUGUAGUGAGUGAAUAGGAGGAUGGUGGAGCAUUUCCUCGAGUGGAAAGGGCUCACAGACGCUGAGAAUACUUGGGAACCAGAAGAAAAUUUAGAUUGUCCAGAAUUAAUUGAAGCAUUUCUUAGUUUUCAAAAAGCUGGUAAUGAAAAAGAUGGUACAGAAAGGAAAUCUUGUCUGACAGUGAAUCUGAUAAGAGCAGAUCGAAGAAGGAAAGAGCUGCUGCCGACAAACCCAGGGACUUUGCCAGGGCUCUUGAUCUUGAAUGAAUAACCGGUGCCACAGACAGCAGUGGAGAACCAGUGUUUCUCACGAAACAGAGGCCUCAGAUGAGGCGGACUUGGUGCUGGCAAAGGAGAAGACUGACAUGAAGUGUCCUCAGAUUGUCAUCGCCUUUAACGAGAGGCUAACGUGACAUUCUUGUUCAGAAGAUGAGGCGCAAUAAUUGCACACACACACGUACAAUCUGGGUCUUACAUUUUUAAUUACUAGUGUGGAAAAAUGGCAUUCUAAUGAAAAUCAAGUUUGAUGUGCUGGUUUUGAAAGUAUUGACAGUAGUUGGGAUAUUUUUGGUUUUUGUUCUGCAUCAAAAGGCACUGAUUCCUUUGAGCAAAUAAAAGCUUUCUGUAGUUGCUUCCUUUAGAUAAAAUAUGUAUUCUGUGUGCAAAGGGCAGGGGCACAUUGAGUACAGGUCAGAGGAACCUGUAGGAGUCUCCUCUCCCCUUCUGCCAUGCGGAUCUUAGAGACUGGAUGCACGUUUGUAGGACUGAAUUUUGGUCAUUGGGCUUGGUGGCAAGUGCUUUUAUUCUCAGAGCCAUCUUGCCGUCCAGAUAGAUAUUGUGGGUUUUUUUUAAAAAAAAAAUGUUAUUUUCAUUUUAUAGUUGGUGUUUUAUAUUCCUAAGGGUGCCAGAAAUGGAGUCACAGGUGGUCAUGAGCCACAUAAUUUGUUCUGGAAGAGUAACCACUGCCCUUAACUGCUGAGCAAUCUUUCCAGUCCCAGGAUGUUGUAUUUUUAAAUUGGUCAAGAUUAAAGGUGAUGUCCUCUUUUUAAAAAUAAUUUAUUUUUAUUAUUUUAUGCGCCUUGCUGUUUUGCCUGCGUGCAAUCUGUGUAAAGAUGUCUGAUCUUGGAGUUACAGAAAGUUGUGAGCUACCAUGUGGGUGACUGGGAUUUGAACCCAGGUCCUCUGGAAAAACAGUCAGUGCUCUUUAAGGACUGAGCCAUCUCUCUAGCUCCAUAAUGGCCUCUUUUUAUUUUGAAAUGGGGUCUCCAUAGUAUGUAGCCCUAGCUUUCCUAGAGCCCUCUCUGUAGACCAGGCUGGCCUUGAACUCAUAGAGAUCCACCUGCCUGUACCUUCUGAGUGCUGGGAUUAAAGGUGUGCAUCACACCUGCAGCCCCCCUCCCCCGGCUGCUGCCAUGUCUUCUUUUAAAGCACACUAUGAGUAACUGUUGUCCUAUGCCAAAUUUCCAUGCCUUGUACUAAGGACCCUGGCCAGGCUGAACAGCCUAAUGUCACUCUGGAAUUUCUGUACUCAUCGUGACUUCCUGUGUUCCCAACUCACUGUGCAAUAUGUAACCAGUUAGUACUAAGGCAGUGAGAGCUGUGGAGAUGGUGAAUCAAGAGAAAAAAAAAACAAACCUAAUACUUCUGCAGUUACGUCUCCAGCCCUAAGAUAUUUUGUUUUAUAAUUCUGCGGGUUUCUCUUGGGUUCUCAGCUGUGUGAGUAGUCCAUGAGGGUGAUAAUACUUGGUGGGUUUGAAGUAAAUGUCAGGGAAAAUGGAAAAAAAGCUAAGUAGACAAAUCUUCACCUAAUGAGAGCAAAUUGUAUAAAAAUGUGCUCACAGCUGACCCAUAGAGUGAUGAAACAUGACCUACAGCUAGGCAUCCUUGAGGUCUGAUUGCAGAAGUGAAGCUGGUCCUCCACACCUAGAUUUUAUUUAAGGACAACACCAGGGCUUUCUCAGUCUUUAGAAAGAAGACCGGCGUGGGGAGAUGCAUUCCUUCCUAGUUCUCCCAAGCCAUGGCACUUCACAGCAAACUCCGGUUUGGAUUUUGCUGCUUUGCCUGGCUGUGUUUUCUUACUAGCCUCAGCUUUCAGGCUUCUAGGGGAGAAUCCCAGACUGGAGCCAAUGCAGCUUUGGAGUCUGAGGCAGAUCCUUGGUCCUUGCUGCUGCCUGUAGACGGGACGGACAGUCCAGGUCUCCUGCCUCCCCUCUUUAAGGUCCUGUCUGAUAGGAGAGGGGAGGCCCCUAAGCUGCAACCUGACUCCAGAGCGCUCUACUACAUGAAAAAGCUCUAUAAGACAUAUGCUACCAAGGAAGGGGUUCCUAAACCCAGCAGAAGUCACCUCUACAACACUGUUCGGCUCUUCAGCCCCUCUACCAAGCACGAGCCAGCGCCUGGCAACCAGGUGACAGGACCCCUGCCGAUGGCGGACCUGCUGUUUAACCUGGAUCGGGUGACAGCCAUGGAACACUUGCUCAAGUCAGUCUUGCUGUACGCGCUCAACAACUCGGCUACUUCCUCCUCCACUGCAACCUGUGUGGGGGACCUCGUGGUAAAGGAGCCCGAGUCUUCCGGCAAGGCUCUCCUCCGGGUGCCAUACUCAUUUACCUUGAAGAAACACAGAUGGAUCGAGAUGGAUGUGACCUCCCUCCUCCAGCCUCUGGUGGACUCCAGCGAGAGAAGCAUUCAUAUGUCCGUCAAUUUUACAUGCACAAAAGACCAGGCCCCGGAGGACGGGGUGUUUAGCAUGCCUCUGUCCGUGCCUCCCUCGCUCAUCUUGUAUCUCAACGACACCAGUGCACAGGCCUAUCACUCCUGGCAUUCCCCUCACUCUUCCCAGAGGCCUUUGCAGCAUCCUGGCCAAGGCAGCGUGGCCACCCAGCCUGUGCAAGAAAAGGCUGCCGAGGUCGAAAGAUCUGCCCGGCACCGUCGAGGGCAGAAAACCAGCCACUUGGAAGCCAAGAAGCCACAUCUUACAGCCUCUUUCAAUCUCAGCGAAUACUUCAAACAGUUUCUUUUCCCCCAAAAUGAGUGUGAACUCCAUGACUUCAGGCUGAGUUUCAGUCAGCUCAAAUGGGACAACUGGAUCGUGGCCCCACACAGAUACAACCCCAGGUACUGUAAAGGGGACUGUCCCAGGGCGGUCAGGCAUCGGUAUGGGUCUCCCGUGCACACCAUGGUUCAGAAUAUCAUCUAUGAGAAGCUGGACCCCUCCGUGCCAAGGCCUUCAUGUGUCCCUGGCAAAUACAGCCCCUUGAGCGUGUUGACCAUUGAACCCGACGGCUCCAUUGCUUACAAAGAGUACGAAGACAUGAUAGCUACCAGAUGUACCUGUCGUUAGCAUGGGCCUGCUCCACCAACACUUUGAGCCCGUCUGGCAGAGCAACCCUGUGGGCUUUAGCAUGCCUGGACAGAGAGCUUCACGUGACCAAUCGCUCCAUGUCACUCUGCACACUGUGUGAGGGGGGGGGAGUGUGUGUCAAUGAGUGUGUUGUGGGUAGCAUCUCUGGGUGUAAAGGGCACAACACUGAUUGUUGCCACAAACCACGUGAAAUGCUUGUGCGGCGCUCUUCCUUUUUCUCUUCCCAUGAGUGUCUCUGAUGCACAAACUCGUUAGCACAAGUCCCGAGUGGAAAUGUAGCUGUGAACACUUAGUGUGCUGUGGUUUUAUGUGAUAGAAGAAUAAAUUCCUGU